GACACGUCUAGGGACUUUCAUUAAAUGUAAGACAAAAUCUGUCCGUGGGAUUUCAAUCUGUACUUAGAAGACACUAGUUCUGCUCAGGAGCAAAUUCCACAUCAUGGAAUUCGUCAUGAAAUGGGACAACAUGUUUGCGGUUGUCAUUGCAGUAAGCUUAGGGUACCUCACUAGUCGAUCGCUGACACACAUCAUUGCGUGUCUCGAAAGGCUGUUGUCUAUACUUUACGGAAAAACAUUGUAUUCGACGUUACAAGGAAAGCAUGUAGUUGUAACAGGAGGUUCUAGCGGCAUCGGAUACGCCAUAGCCAAGCGUGCUCUUGAGGAUGGUGCAUCUGUAACUCUCGUAGCUCGGAACGUGGAAAAGCUGCAAAAAGCCAAGGCUUCCCUGCUGGAAGAGAGCAGUUACUUACUCGAUGCUGUACAUGUCAAGUCUGCGGAUGUAAGUGACGCCAUAGCCAUUACAGCUGCGAUACGCGAUUCCCAGGAACGGAAGCCCAUCGAUAUACUUGUCUGUAAUGCGGGUGUGAUUUUCCCCGGUCUUAUUGAUGAGGUUUCCGCGACAGAGCUGGAGGACACCGUGAAGGCAAACUUAUUAGGAACUGUAUAUCCCAUUCAUGCAGCCAUUCCUCUCAUGAAGAGCUGUGGCCCCAGGACUCCAAAAUCCAUCGUCCUCGUUAGCUCCGUAGCAGGACUGCAUCAAAGCUACGGCGCCAAUGUCUAUUCGCCAACAAAAUACGCUCAAAGAGGCCUUGCAGAAAACCUACGGUGGGAGCUUCUCCCUUGCAACAUACACAUGCACGUCGUAUGCCCGCGUUUCGUAGACACCCCCAUGCUCCAAGGUGAAUUCAUGUCAGCUGGAGAAGCAAACUCGGAGCUAGCAAAGAUUUCUCGAGAAAUGAACUUUUUCAACCCAGAUCACAUUGCCACCGCAAACCAUGUGGCAAAGUGUACCUGGGCGGGCGUACGAAGGGGCAGAUUCUUGAUAACCACCGACUGGGUGGGACAUUUGUUAGCAGUCGUUUCCAGAGGCCCUAUUCCUGAGGACUCCAUCGCCACCGACAUCUGGGAGCUUCUCCUCAUCCUUCCCGUCCGGUUGUUGGGCUUUGUCCUGAAGGGAAAGUUGACACAGACCAUACGACGGCUUGUGACUAUCCCUUCACAUACUGAGAUCAGUAACCAGUGAAUAGUCCUGGUUUUGUGACACUAUUCUAGUGAACCACUUAGGAACAUACUCAAGGAAUUCAAUGUGGAACAAAAGAAAGAAUUGAACAAACACAGAUAAACGAAGGAUAAGAGUGUGCUUCAUUAUUUUUUACAAGAUAAAUAUACAGGUUGGGGCCAGCUAGGUUGGGUGUUUGUUAAAUCCACACCAGCAGGCUUGUGCAGUAAUUUAUACAAAAGGCGUCACUUGAUGGGUCUAUAUAUUGUGGAUGCAAACGUUUCUUCGUUUUUCGAAUAAUGCCGAGUUCGAUGAAAAAAUAAUAUGAAUUGGGACUGGCUCAUCGAA